GCUCGAGCCAUUUAAUCGAGGGCACUAUUAGAUUAUGUACGGUACAAACUUUGCGCGAAGCCUGAAGUUGUUCCAGUUGCCGACGCUAGGAGCUGUCCGCGGUGCUGAAACGGCUCGACUCAGUCUGAGAGGUGCUGACAGAAAUUGAACAUUCUCUGGCUCUCCUCCGUUCACAAUUACAAACCCGAGCAGAGCUCCCCGUCUCGCGCGGCGACCUUGUUCCUCGCGGCGCCGAACGUUUGCCUCCUGCUCCUCUUUAAUUAUUCGGAAAGUCUUUUAAUGCGAGGACGUAUUCUGUGAUAGGAGCCCACUGCCGCGAGCAUGAACUCGACAAGAAAUUACAAACCAAACAUGGUCAUUCUGAUUGUGGCCGUAUUUUCCAGCGUGUGGAUGGCACGAGGGCAAGCAGGUUCUUAUAUGGAUGGGAGGUUAGCAGUCACCCAAAGAGGAGGUCAGGUGGAAGCAGAGGACGGGUCCAAUCCAUAUCACACCACACAGGACACAGACAGAGACCUUCCGCUCUUCACGACGGCUCCCCCUUACAGUGGUCUCGACCACCAUCCGCCUUUUAAGUCCUACCGGCCUUACGACCCCCGGGGCCAAAGUCACGAGCAGUAUUUUCAAGACAGCGGAGGGGCAGCUCACCAUCCCACAAUGCCAUCAUCCAAUUCUCAUCUCUUUCAGGAUCCGUCCACACAGCUGGUUCCACACGAGGACGCACCUCCAUUCUCUGAUGUAGCAGCACCCAGAACCACCACACUGGCUCCAUCAGCCGCAGCCCUCACCCAGCCACACGUGCCCAACAUCCAACACAAACCCUCAGCAGAAACGCAGAGGAGAAACACAGAAGAACCACCCCUGACCAUAGCGUCAAUGACCACCACUGAUGUGCACACAUCUGCACCACCUUCUUCCAUACAGACAGAGAGAGGCGAUGUCACUCCGACCUUAAACAACGAGCCCAGAGAUGCAACGAUCUCGGUGAAAAGAGACAAAGAAAAGUCUUCCGAAAAGGCGGAAAAUGGCACUCCAGGAAGUGAUGUUGCUGUAAAAGCAUCAUCAGUGUCUGGGGAUCUGGAUGAUGAGACCACCACCUCCACCAUCAUCACUACAACGGUUAUUACAACCAUGCAGACGCCAGCUCCGUGCAGCACCAAUUUCACAUCGCCGGGAGGCUACAUAGAGACACCGCAGCAAGCCAGGAGUUGGUACAAUACGGAUGUGGACUGCACAUACACCGUGACAGUCUACAUGGGCUAUGGGGUGGAAAUUCAGGUGAUGAACGUGAGCCUGGCUGAGGGCGACGUGGUCAGAUUUGAAGACCUGGGCGGCCGAGAGCCUUCCGUGCUGGCCAACGAGUCCAUCUUGCUGAAAGGUCUGGUGGUACGCAGCUGGAGCAACCAAAUCUCCAUCCACUUCCGCAGCCGGCAGCCGCAGUCCAGCUCCUUGCUGCUACGUUACCAAGCAUUUGUGUUGAGUUGCAACUUUCCUGAUAGACCAGCAUAUGGGGACGUGUCUGUCACAAGUCUGCAUGCAGGGGGAGAGGCCUAUUUCUACUGCUUCAAUGGAUACCAACUCCAGGGUCCCUCCACCCUCACGUGUCGCAAUGCCACCACACCCUACUGGAGCGGCAAAGUGCCCCGCUGUCUUGUGGCCUGUGGUGGAAUGGUGAAGAACGCGACUCUGGGCCGCAUCGUGUCCCCUGGUUUCCCUGGCAACUACAGCAACAACCUGACCUGCCACUGGGUCCUGGAGACCCCUGAGGGUCAACGGCUGCACGUGCACUUUGAGAAGGUGGCCCUCGCAGAAGACGAUGACAGGUUCCUGAUUAAAAACGGCAAUCACAUCGAUUCUCCGAUUUUGUAUGACUCGUACGAGGUGGAAUACCUUCCUAACGAGGGAAUCGUUAGUUCCGCCAGACAUCUUUUUGUGGAGUUUACGACGGAUGGUUUCGGUACCAACACGGGAGUAGCCAUCAGAUAUGAAGCUUUUGCAGCGGGGCACUGCUACGAGCCAUUCGUCAAGUACGGCAACUUCACCGCCACUGACAGCACCUACGCUGUGGGCACGGUCGUGGAGUUCACCUGUGACCCCGGAUACACCCUGGAGCAGGGCUCUGUUAUCAUCGAGUGCAUGGAUCCCAGCAACCCUCAAUGGAAUGAGACUGAGCCCGCCUGCAGAGCGGUUUGCAGUGGAGAGAUCACAGAUUCAGCUGGGGUGGUGUUGUCUCCAAACUGGCCUGAGGCCUAUGAUAAGGGUCAGGACUGCAUCUGGGGGAUCCAUGUUGAAGAAGACAAGAGGAUCAUGCUGGACAUCCAAGUUCUCCACAUGGGGAAGAACGACCUGCUGACUUUUUACGAUGGAGAUGACCUGACGGCAAAGAUACUGGGCCAGUACAGCGGUUCCCGUCCUCGCUUCAAACUCUACACCUCCAUGGCUGAUGUGACCAUCCAGUUCCAGUCGGACCCUGCUACCAACAUCUACGGCUACAACAACGGUUUUGUGGUGCACUUUUUCGAGGUUCCCCGUAACGACACCUGUCCAGAGCUUCCGGAGAUCUCCAACGGCUGGAAGACCACAUCUCACCCUGACCUGGUGCAUGGCACAGUGGUGACCUAUCAGUGUUACCCAGGCUUUGAAGUGGUCGGCACCGAAAUGCUCAUGUGUCAGUGGGACCUGACCUGGAGCGGAGACUUGCCUAGCUGUGAAAGAGUCCUGUCAUGCCCAGACCCAGGCACGGUGGAGCACAGUCGCAGAGUGAUGUCCGGCCCGCGUCUCAUCGUGGGCUCUACUGUCCAGUACAUCUGUAACAAAGGCUACUCGCUGUCAGGAAACAGCCUGCUCUCCUGCUACCACCGUGACUCCACCGGCCCCAAGUGGAGCGAGAAACUGCCCAAAUGCAUUCCUGAUUCGUACGAGCCGUGCAGGAACCCCGGCACUCCUCCCUAUACCAUUCAGAGCUCAGAGAAGCACGUGUAUCAGGCUGGAGAAACUGUGCGCUUCUCCUGCAUGAGUGGGUAUGAGCUCCAGGGUGAGCCUGUUCUCCGCUGUGUCCCCGGGCACCCUUCCAAAUGGAGCCACCCACCCCCGCUGUGCAAAGCGGUAACACUGGAGUACGUAGAUGAACGCAGGCUGGAUGUGGCCAGUGCAGACUUCAGUAUGGAGGGAGCCAGUGUGGCUGUUUCCAUUUUUAUCCCAGUGGCCGUAAUCAUAAUUAUCAUCAUGUCAAUAUAUUUCUACUUUUCAAGAGUGCAAGGCAAGUCUCUACGUCUCUCCAUGUCCACAUCACCACAAUACGAUCACAUCAGAGGAGAGUCAGCUUUUGAAAACCCCAUCUACGAGACUGCAAACAAUGAGAGACCUAUGAUUCAAAGCAGCCACCAGAGGUACUCUCUAGGAUUCUGUUGUAAAGAAAGAGCCUGUAAGGAGAGUUGAUCAAUGGAAUAGCAUCACAUGGACAAGGCAGAGAAGGAUACGAGAGAAUAUGAAGUCUCCAUUUAAGCUUGUUUUAGCAUGGAGGACCGGAGGCCUUUCUCUGCCUUGUGGAAGAUCUCUCAGUUCCUUUCACAUCUUGUGUAGCCAACUCUGCUCUUAAUCUCACCUACCUGCUCAUCUUUUGCCAUCCGCUGUAAAUAUCACCUUGCUUCUGAGGACUUCCGCAAGCGAAGAGUGUGGACAACAUGAUAUUAUUUUUGUAGAGCUUCAAUAGCCAUGGCCUAGCAGAAUUGCUUGUACAGUUUUUACCCGUAAUUGAGCCAAAUUAAGGAAUUUUAAAAAAGGACUGAUGAUAGGGGAGUCCGUGUUAUUUAGGAAAUUGAUGUCUCUUUAAACAGUUUUUUUUUUAAGUGUCACCUCCUCCCCCCUCCUUCUCUAAAAAAAUCACAUUUAAAGUUGCAUUGUGAGAUUUAAAUAAAUCACAAGUACAGGAAAUGGUUAGAAGUAAAAAAUCACACAAAAAUAUAAAGUAAUUAAACAAAACACAAAUAAAGUUACAUUUACCUAUUAAUUUCUGUUUGAAAUGGGUUUCCGUAGCGAUGACAAACUACUAUUUAUUUAUAUAAGGUUUGGAGUCUGUAAGAUUUUUUUGUCAUGUUUUUAAAACACUUUUAAUGCUUACCAACACUGUAUUUAUUUGUUUUGUUUUUUUAAAUAAUAUUUUAAAAUAUUGUGUUUUCUAUUUGAAUAUAAUAUAAUUUUUAUUUAUUUGUGUAAUAGUAAAGCUGAAUUUUCAGCAUGCUUUACUCUAAUAUUCACUGUCACAUGAUCUUUCAGUUCAUUUUUAUGUGCUGAUCAGAUACUCAAGAAACUCUUUUUUUUAUUACUAUCAAUGCAGUUGUGCUGCUCAUAUAUUGUGGAAAGCUUGAUAAUUUGAUGAAUAGGAUGUUCAAAGGAACAGCAUUUAUUUGCAAUAAAGUUUUUCAACAACGUUUAAUGCGUCCUUUCUGAAUAAAUGUAUUAUUAUUUUGUUUUUAAUCUGACUGACUCCAAACUGUUAGUUUAUCCAAAUGAGCUAGUCACAAAUGUAAUCAUAACAUUUCACACUUAAACACCUCCACGCGGGGAAAAAUAAACAUUCUUUAAAACAAUUGUAUAAAACUCAGCAACCAUUGAACGUCAUUUUUUAGUAUUAUUAUUAUUAUUUGAAUUUUCCACAACACGAAAAUUAAAUGUGCUACUUACAAAAGCUGUGAUUGAAAAACAUUCAAAUAAAAUCUGCCAGUUUCACAAAGCAUAGUAUUUUUUGCAUGGAAGCUGGAACUCAAGCCUUUGUGUUAACCGUACUUACGACUCGCCUGUGUGUACAGUCAAACAAAAGACUGCUGGGAAAGUAACCUCUGUCUGUGUUAAAUUUCAGCUUCGGUUGAUUUAGCCAAAAGUUAAAAUCUAUGUACAGAAAGUUCUUGUAAAUCAUCCCACCUUUACUGAUCAAUUGGCUGUAAUUUUUGGUUUCAGUUUAUUUUUGUAUGUUUUUAUACAUAUUAUGGAGCAAAAUAACAACUGACUGUACUCUUUCAGCAGGCACUCUUAAUAUAUAAAUAUCUAAGAAUGUACAUAAACUUUGUAUUAGAUAUGGCUUAAAUGUAUGUAUAUAUGAGGUUUAUCUAUUAUAGAAUAGAUCUUUGUUCAUCAUUUCACACCGUCUGUUAAUACCAAUGAUAUGGAUCAUCUAAAACGGUUAUGUACUUGGUCCCCAUAUGAAUGUCGUCUGUAUUGAUUGAAAUAAUGUCAUUUCAAUGUAACUAGCAAAAGCUGCCAAAAACAUCACAAUUGGUCACAUGACAGACUUGCAUCGUGAGUGUAUGUUUCAGUGUUUCGCUGUCUCCGAAUAAACAUCAGAGUUUGGGAAGCUAAAAAAUAACAUUUUCGGAAUUCAAGGAACUUUAUUCAGAGCAACAUCAAAAACUCUGAUAAAAUUACAGGCAUUACAUUAAUACGAAAUUAUCCAAAGCGACUUAAGUAAUAAGUGCUGUAACAGACAUCACACGACAUUGUAGUUUGAGUUUUUUUAUUUUAUUAAUGUGUUUAUUUUUUUGAGGGCACCUGCAGAAGGCAUCUGUCUUAAAGUUCGCCAGGGUCUUGGCGGUUUGGGGUUAUCAUGGCCCAAAAUGUUAUAUUUUUACUUUGUUGUACUGUACUGUAAUUAUUUACCACAACAUUGUCACGGCAUAUCUUCAAUUAAAAAUGAUAUUCCAUCGGA